CCCCCCCCCCUCCCCAAAGAAAAAUAAAAGAAAGAAACGAAAGCAAAACAUAUGCCCAGCCGUGUGGACGUCGCAGUAGAGCAAAUCCCUGCCAUAAAUCAAGCUCUUACCCAUAUGGACUUUUUCCGCUGCCGAAAAUCACGCUCAUGAUGCCGCCUCCUUUCCGCCUGCAGGCCUUCUUCUCCACAGCGCACCUUGCCAGCUGGUGGGAAAGCAGACGCUCAUUUCGAGAAAAACGAGAGAGCGUCAACCGAAAAAAAAAAACCGGACGAGGGCGACCAAUGAGAAAGCACCGGCAUCGCUUGCGACGCGCGCGCCCUCUUUGGUAAAGAACGCGAAGCGCAGACGCCGCCGCCGCAGACUUGCAAACCGCGCAAGCGAUCGUCGAGCGUGGUCCGUCCAGUUUGCAUUGGCAGUUGUUGCCUGUCAAGUUUUGGCUUUGUGGUAGUGCGUCGGUGCUGUGAUCCUAGCGUGUCGUCAGCGUCGACCGUGGGGUUAGAGCUCGGAGGAUGCAAACAAGUGGCUGAGCGGCCGGCGAAAGUCUUGGCAGCGCGCCCGGCGACCGCCGGCGAUGCGGCGGCGUCCGUCCGCGGCUUCAAAAUGGUCGCUGGCGACCGGACGGCGCCGUUGUUAGGAGCGGAGCGUGCUCUGGAUUUCGUCUGAUCUGCGCCCGUCGCGUCUCCUCGCAAGAAUUUCGUGAGCCUCUGCGGCCGCCGGCUGCAAGUGUGUGCGCGGCGACACCUCUUGGCGUGCACAGCCGUGGAUUACGAGUGUGCGCUGAAUAGUCGGCUUCAUUUGUUGUGUCCGCGCGUCGUCUGUUUUGACGCAUCGAUUCCGAGGUCCAGCGGCGUGAUAUUUGAACUUCCGACUGCCAGUACCCGAUGCCGGCGGGACCGACUAUGGAGCGGAUGACGCGCCAGCUGCUGAUGGAGGACGAGGCGCCUCCGUUUAGACUUACGUGAGGAGUGCAGCUGAGGCUGCAGUAGCGGCUGGGCUGACAGCGACGGCCCGGUGGCCUGGCCAUGUCCCUCUGGUCGGGGGACGUCCAUGGUGGGAUCCAGCUGCCACCAAACUACAAGAUGUCACACGACAACGAAUCCGUCAAAUCAGGCCCUAGUGAGCGGUCGCGGAGGUCCUCGUCCUCCCGGCACCACAACCACAGCAACAACAUCCAGAACCACCACCAGCAGCACCACCAACAGCGGCAGCAGCAGAAACAAGACGACGGCCCGCAGCAUUCGUACCGUGCCAGCCGAAGGCAUUCGCAUCGCUCCACUAGGUCAUGUCCCACGCAGGUUAAGGUUGGUGGGGACCGCAGGGAUGAGGUCAUCGAGGUACAGAUCCUUCCACAGGAUGACAACUGGGGCGACAACACGACGGCCAUCACGGGAAACACGAGCGAGCGCUCAAUCAGCGCUGAAGACGUGUCAAGACUCGGCCGGGAACCUGAAGGCACACCCGGAGGCUUCUUUCGCUGUCAUAUGUGGGCGGGGACCGUGCUGACGAGCAUCCUGUCCUUAGCGGCAUUCCUCUCCCCUAUAGUGAUGGUGGCACUACCACGAAUCGAGAUGCUAGAGUGGAAAGUGCAGAAGUGCGGACCAGAGUGCGACGGCCUCCUCAUCAGCUUCGCCUUCAAGCUUCUCAUCCUUGCGGUCGCCACUUGGGCCCUGUUCGUUCGACGGCCUCGGGCGACAAUGCCGCGCAUAUUCAUCCUGAGGGCGGUGGUGCUGGCCCUUGUCUUUGUGUUCAUCUUCUCGUACUGGCUUUUCUUCUGCGUCCGCAUCUACGAGCGACGUCACCAGGACUACGAGUUGACGUACCUGAGCAUAGUGCAGUUUGCUCUGUCCCUGGUGGACUCACUCCUCUUUAUUCACUACAUGGCCGUCAUCCUCGUAGAAAUACGGCAGCUGCAGCCGCAGUACUAUGUGAAGAUUGUGCGGUCUCCCGACGGGCAGAGCAGGAGCUACGCGGUCGGGCAGCUCAGCAUACAGAGGGCAGCGGUGUGGAUGCUCGAGAAGUACUAUCAGGAUUUUCCGAUUUACAACCCUUACCUGGAAACUGUUCCAAGUCGCCACCGAAAGCAACAACAGCAGCAGCAGGCUUUCAAGGUCUACGAUGUUGAUGGCGUCGCAGAAGAAGACCAAGCUCCACUAAACCAGACAGUUCUGCCUGGACGGCGAUCAGGCCACAAUGAUCGGUUUUACGAGGAGUAUGAGUAUGAGCGGAGGGUGCGGAAGCGCAGGGCCAGGCUUAUUUCAGCAGCUGAAGAGGCAUUUACUCACAUCAAGCGGAUGCAAGAUGAAAAUGGGCCAGCCAUUCCGAUGGACCCAACAGAAGCUGCACAGGCCAUCUUUCCAUCCAUGGCCCGUGCUCUGCAGAAGUACCUGCGUAUCACCCGCCAGCAACCCCGCCACACUAUGCAGGGGAUCCUGGAGCACCUGUCUCAGUGCCUUCACUACGACCUCAGCCCGAAGGCCUUCCUCGAAAAGUACCUCCAGUCGACUCCCGUGCUCCAGGAUGACCGGGAGCUGCGCCCAGUCCAGACAUGGGCGCUCGUCUGUGAUGUGCUCCUCUCGCGGCCGCUAAAGCCAGGCGUCACGUUCCUCCUCAGGCAGGGCGAAGUGUCCUUGCUGGUCAGCAUUCACGCCCUGCCCCACUUCAACGUCACUGAGGAGAUUGUGGACCCGAAGUCCAAUCGCUUUGUGCUUCGGCUGAACUCGGAGACCUCAGUGUGACGCCAGAUGUGACUGACAUGCCCUGGUCAGUCAGCUUAUCUGAGAGAGAAAAAAAAAAGACUCGAGCAGACGUCAACUCCGAGACCUUGUGACGCCAGGCACGACAGACGUGCCCAGGUCGACCAGACGCUCUGCAAGAAAGGCUUGAGCAGCAGUGUUUGUCAGCUAAGAGACGUCGGUGUGAUGUUUGUGACAGACACGUGCCCUGGUCAAUCAGAGAUAUUUUGUAAGAAACACUCUGGCACCAAUGUCCGAGGGACGAGCGCCAGAGAGACGGUGCCGUGUGAUGUACGUGUGGGUGACCAGGCUGAAAGUGUUGCAUGCUGAUGUGACGUGUUGCUGUUCAGCCUGUGAUCUCUUUCCUAAAAAUUGGAUGCCUGCUUGACCCUAAAAUGUGUUUUUCCUGGUGAAAGUAUCGAACCAGCCUGGAUGGUUUAGAACACUAUUGCAUAUCAAGCCAUCUUGGCAAACUUGUUGCAGUUUGGAAUUGCACUGUAGAAUGUCAGGCCAGAAAAACUACCCAGCUGGCUCAGAACAAUUACACGAAGUGUGCAUCAUUUUGCAAAAAAAUAUAUAUAUUAGAUUUUUUUAUUUGUAAUUACUGUUUUCUGCCGAAGAAUGCUGUAAAAGCCGCUAAUAGGGCACCUGUGAGCGCUCUUAGUUUUGUGUUUUGUUAACAUGCUUUCCUAAUUUUAAAUUUUCAAGGCAGUUGUAAAGGGAACCACUUAAUCAGACAUGUAGGCUGGAUUUGGAAUUUUUUGAACCACAUGCUUUCGCAGUCGUCACUGUACUCUUAUGUAACAACAUGAUAGAUAAGGACGCUUGCAUUUUGGGGUAUGCAAAUAUUCGAAACUUUUGAAUGAUGAAUUGAAUAGUGACCAAUUCGGUCUGUGAAGUGAAUAGUCACUAUUUGUAAAUGCAAACAUUUUUCAAAUAGUUUUUGAACAUUUGAAAAUGUUAACUGCACCCAAUUAACAUAAGAUUGAAGCAAAAGUAUGACAAAUUUUCAUGCCAGCGGACAAAGUAUAGACAUAAAACACGAGAACUUGCGUAAUGGAGCAGGCUACGUUGCUUAGGUAGCCAUACCUUAAGGGUGUACAGCAAUCAUUCACACUCUCUAGAGAGUCCUGCGCAUGCAAAAAAAGUACUUGUUUUCUGCUAAUGCUCCAUUUGUGCUUUUACUAAACAACGCUUCAGAACAUACCAUGUAAUGACAGAAAUUUGCUAACUUUAAGAACACUAGGAUGUGAACAUUGUUUUAUACUACAGUCAAAUCUCGAUAACUUGAACUCGAAGGGGCCCGAAAAUUUGUUGGAAUUAAAGGAAGCUAAUUCUAAUUGAAUGGAGGACUUGCGUGCAUAGACGCAUGUGCACUGAGAUAACACAUGGGUGGGAAGUUCCAGAAGAUUUAUUCACACGUAUUUACAAAUUACAGUCAACAUCGAAUUUUUCGGGCUCCCUAGAGGCUGCGAAAAUGUCAGAAAAGACGGGCGGUUCGAAAAAAUAAAUGCAUGCCUUUACUGCCCCAAAGGGCUCAAAUCGCCACAGGUACGUCCAAAAUAGUUCUGAAGGCCUGCCAGUACAUUUAUUAGGCGUGUCAGUGCUCGUAUUGUGAUAGGAGACGGCGGGUGUACGCGUGUAUAAUUAAAGGAAACAUAUUUCCAGUUACAAUUGCCCCUUCUAACUUUUGGUAUGCUUCACCGCUUAACGCAGCUGUAUUGGGGCGAAGCUGACUUUCAAAAACCGGUAUUAUGCAACGCGCUAGGCUUUCCACGCUCCCAAGCCAUUGGCGAGGAUUACGAAGCCGGAGUCAGCGCCUCUGAUAAGAGCGGCGAAUCGUUUCAAUGAAACACACGGCACCAUAUAGCACGAAGCUUGAUGUAGCGAACGUCGAAGUAGCUGGGCCUAGCAUUGCCACAGUGUGGCUGCUUGUGAGAACACCGGCUUGAGGUGGCGAGAUAAUCAACAUGGCGGUGGUGGUGGCCUCGAUAAAUGCCGUUUCGGAUCAGCGGUCAUGGUAAAAAGUCAGGAAAAUCGGACGGCAAAGGUUUUUUUACGUUCUAAAUGUAAGACAUUCUCAUACAUUGACUCUGUGAUGUACAUGGCAGUUCCGCGAAGGCGUUUGAAUUAUCGGGCAUGUCCGAAAAAUUUGGCGUCCGGAAAAUCGUGGUCGUUGACUGUACAGGACACCCGUCACUAACAAAAGUAAUUGGUGAUGCGCGCCUGGAGACACCCGCGCACAAAUUUCCGCCACAUUCUUUUUUUUCUUCAUGUGCAGCAUUGAGGGGUCUCUUAUAAGCUUUUCCUCUAUGGUGGGGUCAGAAGGAUGCUGGUGGGAGGUGCCACUGCAUGAUUUGGCACGCUGCUAUACGUGAGCACUGUCGGAGUGUAGCAUGUUCGAAUUAACCGUCACAAAUGUCUGCACGUACGAAUUACCGGGCAUUUUCGCUCAUGGGAAUACACAUAACUUUGACGGCACUACAGCUUCAGUUCGAAUAAACUGAAAGUUUGAAUUAAGCAUCUUCAAAUUGACGAGAUUCGACUGUAAUUGUGAUAAUGGCUGUUCAUUAUUCAGAAACCAUUCAGAAACCAUUCAGAAACUAAUCAAUUUGAUUUCAUUGGAUUCAGGCUCUAUUCAGUUCGAUCUCAAAAAUCACUAUUUGCACACCCCUACUUGCCUUAGUUGCACAUAAAUUGCAGAGCAAAAAAAAAAAAAAGCACAACUGGGACUACCUAAAGCUACUUAAGUAACAAAAUUAUGCUUAAUGCUGCUCAAAAACAAACUGAUAUUGUGAACCAAGUCUUUUCUAUAGUUCCAGAAAAUACAGUUGUGAAUUUCAAGGCAUAUAUUUAAUACGUUCAUGUACCUAUUGUUCUUACAGGUUUGAUCAGCUGUCAAGGUGCAGUGUUAUUUUGGCGUGUGAUGUGAUGGCUUACAUUAGCUGACAACUACAAAAAAAAAUUUAAUGCAAUGCUUUUAAUGGUAUCAUUCAUCAGCAUCAGUUUUGCUGCAUUUCUCAGCAGGAUGUGUUGCGUCAUCUUCUCCCCCAAUUGUUACAGCUGGUGCAGCGACAAUCUUUUUAAUGGGAGUUAAACAACUUUUUCAAUUUUUCAAGCAACAGAACAUGCAUCACAAUGCUCUGCGACUGCAAUAAGCUGUUCUAGUAUGCCUCUGAACACACCUGAGGAAAUUAUAUCUCCUUUGUAUUGAACAAUUAUCUGUUGCAUACAUAGCAUGCGGUGCUACGAAGGCUAGAUAGAUGUCUCUUCAUGCUCGCAUUCCUGAUUCGCAGGCAAAGUUUAUUUUGUCACAUACAAAGAAAAGAUAUAGUUAUAACUUAAGUACUCUUUUUUCACAAGAUAUGAUUUAGCUAUUACAGGAAAGGCAUUGCAGAUAUGAAACUAUUUCCCAGCGAAUGAACAGUGUGAUACGUUUCUACUGAAUAGUAUGCCGCAUACUAUAAGUUCUAGGGGGCACAGAUAAUUUGCAAUUUGACAUAACAUUACUGCCACAAGUUGUAAUGUAUAUAAAGUAGUUAUUCCACAUGAACCGCCGAUUAUAAAAAAUGACUGCACUGCGAAAUGCAUGGGCUAAGAUUUCUGUGACUACACUACUUGUGUAGCUUCUGUGACAUUGCCUGCUAAGCAUGAGAUGGAGCUUAGUAAUAUGGUUACAGUGCUAAAGGAAGACGAAAAUAAAACACAAACUGCACAGAAUGGGCCCUGGUUGUGUCUGUCUUUGUCUUUCUUAGCGCUGUAACCCUGUUUCAUAACGCAGUAAUCAGGUAGCCCAGCUUCCAGCAGAGUAUAGUAAGUUCAUCACUUCAGUUUUAUAAGUGUGUGAUAAAGGUAGCUCUUUGUAGCAGUAGUGAACAGAGCUAUUCAUGCCACGUAACUGCGGGCUUUCAAACUGCCCGCAUUUAGCCAUGUUGCAGGCACGUUUCAUGCAAGCUCAAGUGAAACUUGCACUCAUGGCCUGUCAGUCUUUACAUGACGUAUAAGUAGUUCUGUGUGGCAGCUGUCUUUGUGCGUUGUGCUAUUUGCCAGUGUGGAGUACAUGUGAGUGACGUGAAUGUAUAUUAUGAAAGCGCACAUGUAUGUAUAUAUAUAGCCAAAGGAUUGCUUUCCUCGCCACGGAGCAACGAAGUGCUUAGAAUGCAGAAGUGAAAUGUAGUGAGCAGUUGGCAAUAACGCCAUCUCGGCAGAAAGGUGGCCCGUAACAUCCGGCCGCCUUUCUUUUUCCUGUGAAUUGCUUUCAGUUCAUGCAAUGCCAAAUUGCCCUACGCAGCUGCUCCACAGCAAUGCCAUGUUUAUUUAUUUCGCAUUUACAAAUUCAACAUGCAAUGGUAAUGCUGAUGCUCCAUUUCUGUUUGUCUUCUUUGUGGCCGUUAUUGAAAUAUAGAGUAAAACUAAAGGUGUAGGAGAAGGAAAGCCAGAAGAAAAAUUUUGAGUUUCCGUAUGCUUGAUAAAAAUUGCAAAAAGCAAAUUCUACACAUCUCACUUCCUUUUGCAUGUUAAACAUCCAAUGAGAGAGUAAAAAGCAUAUUUCUUAAAGCCCUUGCAAGUGCACUAAAAAGGAAUUUUUGAGAUUAAUUGCAUCGUAAGUCAAAUGAGCAAUCUCUGACCCCGUGUGUCAGUGAUUAUAGCUUGUGGAAUUUUUUACGAAUGCAGCUCCUAUGCCAUGCUUAAGAAAACCACCAAUAUCAUGCAUCUUUAAUCCUAGAGAAAAUCAGGGAUCCAGUCGUGUGGCAUUUUAAGCAUAAGACACGUAAAGACGCUGUAAAGUAUGCAUAUGAUUUCUAAUAUUUUUCAGCAUUGCUAAUUAUGUUUGAAACUGGUAGCACGAAAUGCGUGUAUUGUAAGUGGGCAUCGUAUCAAUUCUUGGAAGUUGCAUCAUGCCGUCUUGUGCGGACAGCGAAGUCAUUCAUGUUUGACUAAGGUGGAGCCACUAUGUUUAGGUCACACUAUUUUUCCCCGAAUACUCAGUAUGUGCCACAAUUUUAUUUUUCCCACUUGUUCUUUUGAACUUUUUUUCCUUUCUUUUAAGGCUCACUGACCACACCGUUUCAGGGAUAUGUCUGCUCUGACAACAGUAGUUUUGCUGUGUCAGUGCAAUUGCCAUAUUGAUGUCUAGCACAUUUAGGCCUAAUUAAAUGCGCACAUAUGAUAUCAGUGGUGCACAGUUUGUAAAUUUUACUCUCGGGGUGUCACAUGAAUGACGACUUGCAAACGUUGGUGUACAGGCUGCCAUGGGUAAAAGUUUACGAUUCUUUUGUACUCUACAGAUUUGAACUGUAGUGAUAGCAAAAGCAAAAUGCCAUGUUACGGUAGAACAUGUAACUGCAGGAACGUAGUGAUUUGAAGAUAGCAAUAUGUACAUAUAACGUAGCAAGGUGUUUCCAUUCAUUUCUUCAAAUAAAGGAAUAUGGUCAAUGGCAACCUAAAAAUGCUUUGGCAAAUGCGCUGCUGUUCAAACCAGAAAAUUUGUAUAGAUGCGUGCCCCAGCCAGUUGCAUUUUCUCAUUCCCUUGACAUCACGAUGGGGGCAGACUUCUUUUAAUAUUGGCAUCUCUCAGGAGCUAUGUCUAUAGAAGCGUGGAGGCACGUACGACAGGUAUCGUGCAGCUUUGUGGGCAGAAUUUGUCCUGACUUUUUAGGUUGUCACUGUGUGCCAGUGUUCUGUGUCACCUCCUUGUUCCUCAAGUGCUGGAACUUCAGCAUGAGUAGCACAAGUUCAUAUUUGGCAGUGUUGCAAGAAGCAUUACUGCACGAAAACUUAAAAGUAUGUAAUGGUAUGGGGAAAACUUGAAAGUACGGUGAAAGUCAACUGUGAUUUUCAUUUUCAACGACACACAGAAUUCAGAACUGCCCCAUUUAUGCUGUCACUGAACCAAAAUGACUGAAAUUUACUGCAUUUAAAAGAAAGUGUUAUAAAUUCUGGUGGUCGUUGUUAGCAGGUUGUUUAUUUUGAUAGUCAGAUGUUUUGCAAAAACUCACAAGAAUUGGUAAAUCAAAGAAAAAAAUAGAAAGCUGCAUCAUAAUGUGUACCUAUAUGUGUUAUAGUGGAAACGCAUAUCAUAAUUUUGUGAACAACAGUUGACUGAGCAUUUAGAGUGGUCAAAAUCAAAAUGUUCAUUCGAACAUUGCUUUGCUUUGCCUAUCUUUGUAAACUUCAACUUUGCUUAUGCGACUUUUGCAAGUGUUUUAUUAGGAAAAAUGGAGCACUUCGCAUGAUCAUGUGAACAUAAAUUCUGUCUACUUUGGAUGCUCUAAACAUGUUAUUUGCAAUGUCGCAGCAUCUGCGAUGCUUGUGGCUUUCUGAAGUUGUAAACAUUAGUGUAAUUUGCCCUUUUAAAUAAUUUUCGGUUUGUGAAUUUUAUUUCUCAAAGCGUGGAUUAAAAGAUCAGCUCUGAACAGUCACUAGAGUGUUGCAGAAAUGAAUUAUUUAAAUCAGUUCAGCAGUUUCCAAAUGAAGAUCGUGUGUAUCCGUGUCUCACAUGCUUUCAGAUUGGAAGGGCAGAUAAGAUGUUAAAACUUUCUCUUAAAAGAUGCAAGCAAUUUCUCCAGCAUGUAGGCAAUCACCUCCUGUAGUGUGAUGUUCCCGGCUCCCAACCUGUUGUAUUGCAUGUCUCUGGUACGAACAUCUACAUUCUGCAGCCAUUCAGGUGUAGAAAACACACUGCCUCUUGGAAAGGAUGCAAUAAAUGGAUAUGAUUAUUCUUGA